UACAAAUAUAAUCCCUUGUUCUCUGUUUUUUGCUUUGCUCAUGGAGACUUCUGCUGGCGACGAUGCUUCCUCCACUGUUUGGGAUGAUGCUUGCUUCGACGCCAUGUUUUCUGGCGUCAGUCUCCAGUCGUUUCUCGCGGGUGGUAGCCAGAGCCACACAUUGUUGCCGUCUCUGUUCGGAGGAUGCUACGUUGCCGAUUCUCUUACUUUUCCUGACGGUAUGACGUCGUUGUAUCCUCAGGUAAGCUCUAACUUCGUCGCUGAAAGUACCGCCUCUUCCGAUGGUCCCUUCUUCAAGUUGCCUAAAUCUGAGCCGAUGAGUGUGUAUGAACAAACGGAGACUCAAGAAUCCUCGUUCCUUUUUCAUGAUUCGACGUCGUUUCCUCACUUGCCCGAUCUCCGUUCCUUGGAGCAAUGUUCGUCGUCGUUUAACAAGCGUGCUCGAGUCGAUUCUGUGAUGAAUCCGUUGCAGAUGGUGGAGCCGAUGGUGCGAACAUGUGAGGGUUUCCAGAACUUUUUUGUGCCGUACGAGUACAAACUCUCGCCGGAUUUAACCACUUCUGCUGCUGUGUCUCCCGCUGUUCAAAUCCCUCGCAGUGCUUUGGCUCGACAGCGUCGUCAGAAAUUGAGCGACAAGACGCGUUGCUUGCAGAAACUACUGCCAUGGGACAAAAAAAUGGACAUCGCUACAAUGCUUGAAGAAGCGUGCAAGUACGUCAAGUUCCUUCAGGCACAACUCCUCGCGCUUCAAUCCAUGCCCCGUGAAUCGGCCAUUUCUAGUUAUUCAAAUAAUCAUUACAUCACCGGUAUGUUUGGUGGAUUGGAGAGGCUGAAUCGAAACCAACUAUUGCAAGUUUUAGUUAACUCGCCGGUGGCUCAGACCAUGCUUUGUUCUCAGAGUUGUUGCGUUUUCUCGGCAGAACAGUUGGGGCUUAUCCAGAAGAUCGCGGAGAAACGAGUUCUGCUGCAGCAAAUGUCGACAUUCCGUCCCAAGCCCUAGUUUCCGAUCGAGUUCCGCCGUUCGUGAUUCAGACCGACGGAACGGCAAGGCUGCGCGUCCGGUACUACAAUAUUUCUUUAUGUGUUUGCGUUUUAGGUCAUUAGAAAGCAUGAUAGAAAUUAGACUAUCCAUUCCCCAUUUUUGGUAUUUUGGGAACAAUUUUUGUAGUCACAAUUUGGAAUGUUGCGAAAAUGCUUUUAGGUGAAAG